UCACUAUGUCCGUCUAGGACGACCUUGCGACAAUCCACGCUCUCGCUGACAGACUCUGUCUGGCGAUAGUUCGGCUGCCCGCCAAUUGUCCGCUGCCUGCGAUCCUAACCUCAUAACCCCUCCAUCGAGACCAUCAUCCGUGAGACACCCGUUGGGACUUUUGUUAGGACCUCUGUGGACCGGAUUUGAACACCGCCGUCCGUCAUGGCUACCGCAGACCCUGACGAAAUCGCCGAGGCCGUCUCCCCUGCCAGUCCGGCUUCCUCGACCGGGCAGAUUCCAUUGGCCCAACCUCCCAAGCUGAAGGGGCGCCACAAGCUGCUGCAAAGCCUUCAGCGCAUCUCCUCUUCUCCCAGUUUGACCCGGCGGGGCCGAUCCGCUUCCACCGGGUAUCGCCGCGAUGGCAAGGCUUCGCUGUCCUGCGUGUCGCUCUCGCAAUCCACAUACGCCCCUUGUCUGCGCAAUGGAAGCACAUCCCAGCUCUAUGGCGGCCUGAACGCCCGUCCCAUAACCUCGGGCUCGUCGGGUUCUCCGUCAGAGUGUGAUGGAAAUGCCCGAAUCCGUCUCGUCGGCUCCGACUCCCCCAAUGCCUCUCAACCGCGCACCAUUCCGUUGCCUGUAGAUAUGCGACCGGGCUCGCGAGGGUCUCCGUCGGGAGCGGAUGCGGUUGAUGAGGCUGCUGCAGCACGGUUGUCGCCGAAGCCGAAGAAGGUCUUUGAUUUCUGGGGUAGUAUGCCCGAUGAGCUGAAGAUGCGGAUCUUCCAGUUCCUCCCGCCGAAGGAGAUUGUCCGCUGCUCGGCGGUCUCUAAGACGUGGAAUAAGAUGUGCUUUGAUGGACAGUUGUGGACUGAGGUUGACACCACUGACUACUACCGCGAUAUCCCGAGUGAUGGUUUGGUGAAGCUGAUCACGUCCGGCGGUCCGUUCGUUCGCGACCUCAAUCUUCGAGGCUGCGUCCAGUUGAAGGACAAGUGGCAGACGGAAGGCGAGCGCAUCACUGACGUGUGUCGCAAUGUGGUGAAUUUCUCCCUGGAGGGAUGUCGCAUCGACAAGUCGUCCAUCCAUUACUUCCUUCUGCGGAAUACACGCUUGGAAUACAUCAACCUGUCCGGUUUGGCUGGCGUCGGCAACUCGGCCAUGAAGAUCAUCGCGCAGUCGUGUCCGCAACUUGAGACGUUGAAUGUGUCCUGGUGCACUGGCGUCGAUACGUCGGGGCUGAAGAAGGUCGUUGCCGCGUGUGGAAAGCUGAAGGAUCUCCGGGCUAGUGAAAUCAGUGGCUUUGAUGACGUCGAGUUCGCGUUGCAGCUGUAUGAACGGAACACCCUAGAGCGCCUGGUCAUGAGCCGAACCGGUGUUACAGACGAGUGCCUGCAGGCGCUUGUCCACGGUCUAGACCCAGAAAUUGACCUCCUUACGGACCGUCCGAUUGUCCCUCCCCGGCGGUGGAAGCAUCUGGAUAUCCACCAAUGCUCGGAGCUGACGGAUAACGGGCUGAAGAUUCUCGCUCACAAUGUCCCUGACCUCGAAACCCUGCAGCUUUCUCAGUGCUCCGAACUCGGCGACGACUCGGUCAUGGCUGUGAUCCGGACCACGCCCCGUCUGACCCGUCUUGACCUGGAGGAUAUGGAGAAGCUCACCAACAACACGCUGCUUGAGGUGGCCAAGUCUCCGUGCGCGGCAAACCUGCAGCAUCUCAACAUCAGCUACUGCGAGAGUCUCGGGGACAUCGGAAUGCUGCAGAUCGUGAAGAACUGCCCCUCCAUCCGCUCUGUCGAAAUGGACAACACCCGCGUAUCAGACCUCACCCUGAUGGAAGCCAGCCUGCGCGUGCGCAAGCGCGGCUACAGCGAGAAACUCCCCUGCGUGGGCCUGCGUCUGGUCGUCUUCGACUGCGCCAAUGUGACCUGGGCGGGCAUCCGCGAGGUGCUGUCCAGCAACGCCCACCUCCCCCGCGCGGCGCGCAAGUCCCUGCAAGACGUGAAUGUUCUCCCCGAGACCGUUGCUCCGGACCAGUCCACGACUAUGAUUCCCUCCUGCAUCACCCCUCCGCCAGCACCGUCCAUCUACCCCCGCGAGAUCAUCCAUCUGAAAUGCUUCUACGCUUGGCAGAUGACCGUAGACGAGCACAAUAAGCGGGUUCUUCGGGGCGAUCUCGACGGCGCGAGCAGACUGGAUCGCAAAUGGGCGAACUACAUGAUGGCCAGCGAGGAGGCGGGCGGCGGCGGAGCCGGGACCAGAAGACGACGGCGCCGCGCCCGCGAAGCCCAGAGGAUCUACAACGAAGAUGACGACGAGGCGGACACGUUCGGUGUAGGCGGCAUCACGGCACUCGGCGCAGGACGUCGUCGACACACUGAAGGUGGCGGUACUGGAGGCUGCCUGGUCAUGUAAACCGCGUUCGCUAGGAUCCGAUCUUGACUUACUUUCCCGUCUCUCGUUUGCUUUGUAUUCAGCGGUAGCGGUUUGAGCGGUCCCUCGUUCGGUGGAUUGUUUACGGUUCU